ACGGUUUGGUCAUUGAGUCAUUGAGUCUUCAAAGUUCGCAGUAUACAGUAUAGACUACCUACUAUAAACGUACCAAAAUAGCAAAAUAGAAAAUAGUGAGCAUUGUAUUAUAAUAUAAGUGUCGAGUGUAAAUCUGUGAUGUAUCUAUCUUAUCUAUGCAAUAUGCAUAAGUACCUAAUUCAAUUUUGCGUGUAGGUACAUACAAUAGUAUAAUACUGGAAUAGAUAGUUCGUGUUGUAGGAGGUAAUAAUAAACCUACUUAGUGAGGUGAGUAUAAUAAAUCAUAGUACCUACAAUAUACCUACAGGUAUCCUACAGGAAACCAUGGCGCCACUUUUAGGAGUAGCCGAGACCUUGGGACAAAAGCAUAGAAAAUACAACGAACUAGUAAACGAUGCGAUCAAAAACAAUCCAAAUCAAGAAAUCUCCGCAAUAAAUCACGAAGAGUCAGAUUUGGAUAAUCUAUUUAAAAUAGAUGUAGCGUGCAGCAGUAGAAAUGUUGAAUUCAUUCUUCAAACACUCAAAUGUGAUGACAUGUUAUAUGUAUCUCGAGCUAUCAAGAAAUCGACCUGGUUAUUGACCGAAGAGAAAUACUCACACAUCAUAAAUCCUGCAUACUUGCAUAGCCAACUAUAUCCACAGAUGACAUCAAAAGCAUUUAACAAACUCAUUCUACACAUUAGACUUAAUUUAAGAGACGAACAACGUGUUGAAGACUUCUUCAACUACUACCAACAAAUAGAUUUAAUUAAAGCAUUUAACUGGCUUUCACAUUGCUCGAUUCCCUUUAUUGAAAAAAUCAUUCGCAAUCAUGCUGAAGAUAUACCAAGACGCUUAUGGAAAAGAUUAUAUGAAAAAUCAAUCACUUGUCUUGAAUUAUUAUUACAAUAUGAUAAAAGCACUUAUUAUAGAGAUCACGUGAUAGCACCAGGACUUUUUUUUUUAAAUAAACAUGACGAAAAUUAUGAAAAGUUCUUAAAUAUUAUAGAAUCGGUAGAUAAAACAGGUGAUGCACCAAUGUUAGGCCCGAAAUAUACAAAAAUUAUUAUGGAGAAAAAUCCAGAAAGAAUAAAGAAUAAUCUUGAAAAAUAUGAUUACAUACUUAAUAUUCCAGUUUUCGCGAAAUAUUUAAAACAAGACGAGGUUAAGGAGUUUGUAUUAACGCACAUCAAAAAUAAAGAAACACGCUCAUUGUUCACCUUUAAAAAAAUUAAAUACUUUUUGAACCAGUUGCCGUCUGAGGAAAGAUUUGACUUUGUACAGAAACUUUUUAUAGAAAAAUCUUAUGCUGAUGAAAAGCUUGAUAGUAAAACCUGGGACGAUAUAGUAGAGUAUUGUAAUCUACCUCUAAAAGGAAAAUUAUCAUCGUCGAAAAAUAUAUACAGCUGGUACGUUUACGCACCAUUUAACAAGGCUAUGGCAGAUUUGAUACAGUUGAUUCGUAAAGAAUCAAACCCUACUGAAAGAUUAUGGAUAUUACGUGUAUUACUUACAUGUGCAGACAAGAAUCGUGAAAAUAUACUUAAACUAUUAAAAUAUUACCAUGAAAAUCACAUCAACGAAGCUUUUCUGUAUAAAGUUCAGUUUGUCAAUCACUUGAUUACCAAGACGGAUACUCAUCGAUAUGACGAAGAAGCUUGGGGUUUAUUAAAUGAUCUUUUUAACAGCUUGGAAGUCUACACUAGAUCUAAAGAUAGUGUGGAAACGUGUGUUAAAUCUAUAUUUUUUUACAACCUUAUCCAUGACAACAAUAUCCCUGAAAUGAUAGAAAAUAAAAUUGAUUUUGAAUCUUAUAUAGAAUAUGAAUAUAGAGAGUCACUAAAAAAGUUUAACACAGAAGAAAGAGAAAAAAUAUUCAACUACUUAUACAAAUAUUAUUUUUCAAAAAUUACAAACCAUGUUAUGAAUGAAGACGAUUUUAAUAACACUGUAGAAGGUAUUUUAAACAUUUUAAAAGUUAUGGAUAUUUGGCACAAAGAUCUUAAAGAAUAUCCGUUGGUUCUGCGAAAAGUAACAGAACUUGCUAUUAUGAAAACAGAAAACUCUUGGAGCCGUGAUUUUUCAGAAAUAUACAAUUUUAGAAAAUCCUGGAGAAAGCUCUUCUUUCCCGAAUCUAUUGUAUUGAGUUUCAGCCAAAAUACUUGCAUUAAUGCUCUUAAACAUAAUCCAGAACUGUUGGAUAAUUAUUGGAGACAACUAAAUUCACGCAUAAAUGAUAAUACAAAAAAGAACGUUAAAGAAAACUUUGACAAAUUCCACAGUAAACUCCGAAUUUAUUGGAACAGAUCUUUAGCAGAAUCAUUCAAAGCAACUUUCACACAAAACUUCAAUCAAAGUAAGCUUCACAAGGCUUCUGUGAGAGGACAAUGCAUAUUAUUGUCGCCGAAAGACAUGCAGGAAUUCAUACAAAAGUAUGCACCAAAAGAAACGAAAAUUGUCUCCAGCCAAGUUCAAGAUAUGGAACUGAGCAUCCGUAAGAACAUCGCUACAUGUAUGCACCGAGGAAGACCGCAUCCUCCGCUAGAAAUUGUAUUAUUAUACGCUAAAGGAGAUUAUUUAAAAUAUGUGCUACCUUCACUGAACGCAAUAUUUUAUAACAUUAGUUGCAAUCAAAUUAGAAAGUAUAUUCCAAAACUGCUUAACUCACCAGUUUCGUUACAAAAACAUGGCAUUAGAAUUGUUUUUGCUAAGCUAAAUCAUAAAGAACUUACAGAAAUGUUUCCAAUUAUUUGGAAAUCUAAUAAAAAUAAGAGCAUUCGAAAGACGAUCUUCUGUGAAACUUAUAAAAGUAUUUGUAGACAAAUUGAUGAAACUGCGAUUUUGAAAAUGUGGGAGAUGUUGACCAUGUUUAUAGAUGAUUUAACUUUUGAGGAAAAUAAAAAAAUAUACGUAACUCUAAGUCAAACUGAAAAAGUGCCCCUUUCCAUCAAACCAGAAUUUUAUAUGAAGGGCUAUGAGUUCUUGAAAAAAAUACCACCCAAAGCAAAUUGCGACAAUCUUAUAAAAAAUAUGAACAAAGAAAUGCCUAAAGUCAUCGAGUUUUUAGACGUUGACUUCAUGUCAGCAAUAUUUUUAGAAAAUAUGGACAAAAAAUUUGCAAAGAGAAGAUAUGACUUAUAUGACAAAGUAGCUACGUAUUUGUUAUGUACAAAAUCGGAAUCAGUACAAAGUGAGCGUUAUGAAAAAUUAUUCGAGCCACUAAUAGACAGAGCUAUAGACAUGUGGAACGAGGAAUACAAAAAUACUUACUAUACGAGACAAAACUUAUUCGAGAUAUUAACUGAAAUGUCUACGCAAUUUGAAGGCUUAGUUUUGCAGAAAAAAAUGGUGAUUCCGGUCGCCAUGUAUCACGCUUUGCUAAACAAACUUCAAAGCAGCUUAUCAAUAAAAGAUAACUAUGUUCUAAUAACAUACGUUAAGUUGUCGUUAGGGUACAUUCAAAGCAUUUACAAUGUUGCAAAAUGUACAGAUUCUAUAGAAAAGGAAAAUUUUAAUAAUCUGCUUAUGAAAUCAGCGCCUAGCUUUGGAUUUUUGUGUUCAGAAUACCUAAAGGAUGAUAUAGAAAAACAUUCGUCCAGUGUCUACGUUAUAUUUGCACACGUUUUAAAUGAAAUUAUUCGUAAUCAUAAAGAACAUGAUAUAGUUUACAAAAUGACAGUAUUAAAGUAUAUACUUGAAAGCAGUGAUUUGACUGAACGAUACGCAUUAGUGGCACAAUUGAUUCCAGAAUAUAAUUUCAUUACUGAGGACGAUGAAAAAGUCCUAAAACUUGAGUUGUUAAAUAAAAUAGGCAGCUGUCAGUCGAAGGAGGCGAGUUAUUGGCAUGCCAGAAUGAAGGAUUUUUAUUUUUAAUUUAUUUAUUAAAUUUCUUUUCUAAAAAAUGCAGUAUCCAAAAUAUUUCCACUGUUUUUUAUAAGGUUACUUAAGGUAUUUCAAAAGAAAAUUCUAAAAUUCUCCUUAUAAAUAAUUUUUCUUUUAUUACAUUUUUUUUUGCAAAAUGUAGCUUUAGUCCAUAUUUAGGGGAAUUAUAAACCAUAUUAUUAGAGGACAAGUUAAAUAAAACGCUGCAAAUGAAAUAAAAAUCAUUCUAUAAUUUAAAUUAUUUUCAUUAUUUACACAGUUUACUAGGGUGACAUUUGCAUUUCUAACGAUUUCAGUAAACGCCAUUAAUGUAACAUUUUUAAUUUUUCGUUUAAAUGCAUUGUGUUGUGUGGCAGAAAUAUAACGGGCUUUUAAUAAUAAAGAUGUACAGAGAUUUAAACCCCAUUUAAACCAAUUUUCUUCAAAUAAUAGUGGACCUAAUCACUGCUGCAUUAAGUUCAGUUUACUUAAAAAAAAAUUGAGGUUUGAAUCUUAACCCAUGUUUAUAAAUACGACUGUUUGUGUCUAAAUUGUAUUGAACUUUUCAAGAACGCCAUUUAUACAAUAUUUAUAUGUAUAUUGUUACUUAAACUGAAUUUCAAUAUGUUCCACUUUUAUCUGUUUUUGUGUAAAACUGUAUCCAAUACGAAAUUUGUUAAUAAAAUGUUUUACAAUAAAA